GCUUCCUUUCAGUAUGUCUUUAACUCGCCACUGGUAGACCUUCAUUUGUCUGCCGAAUUUGUAAACGAGAAGCAAAUCUAUGCUUAAAACACGGGCUAGUCAUUAAACCCAUCGUACAAGAUUCUCCUCUCUGCAUAAUAUCUUCCAGAACCGGCUGUGAGUGACAUGUGCCGUUCAGCUUCUCUCUGUGGUUACGUCGUACUGAGGAAAAACAAUGGUGGCCACAAGAGGAGAGAUUGGAGCGUAGCAUGAUGACAUCAGCCGCAAAGCGGGACUUCAAGUCUUAGUAUUCUGCUUUGCAGUAGUUUGUACACAUCUUCCACUGAAGCACUUUGUAAGAACUUAGCAAUGUCAACUCUGUCUGCAUCAGAAAGACUUGAGAGAGACUACAACAUGGCACAGAAAGUGCACUGGCAAAAAUCUUCUUCUGACCAGUCACAGCAGCGACCUUAUUUAGGUGUUCGUGUGAAAGAUCCUGUAAAGGAACUGCUUAAAAGAAAGAGAAAGAAUGUUGAGAACACUAAUACGACUUCAAGCAGCUCAAUGGUUUUGCCACAUCUCUCAAUGACAUGCUAUUCACAAAUAGGACAUCCUGUGUUCCAUGAGGCAGAUGUUGCUUCAUCAUCAGUGCAACAUGCUGAAGAGGGAACCUUUCACACUACAUGGCUGCCUCAGCCGUCUUCUGCUAACCUACAGCCGAUACCACAGUGGUCUCCUUGCCCCAAUUACACCUCGCACGAUGCCGUAAACUCAUCCUACAUGCAAGAUAUGUGCAUGCAGCCUGCCUGUCCCAGCUAUGCAAUGGUGGGGCCCCCCUCAGUGAUGUCUUACAGUUCGCAGCCAUUGCUGAGCAACUUUGGAGUGAAUUGCCAGUCAAGGACCCCAACACCGGCUGGUAUUCCACAAAUGGAUCUUUCGGAUCAGCAGCCAGCACUCAAUCAUUCUUCUUGGAGCCAAGCCCUUUCAGCUCUACCAACAUCAGGGGCACCAUGUCAGACAAACUCCCUGCAGUCUCUGCCAUCCCAGUUUGUGCCUCUAAACGUUUCUAUCUCUGAGCCAGGACUUCUGGAGCUGGAGGAUGCCAGGAGAACCAUUGCAAGCAUGGCCAUUGAGAAACUGCUGCAGCAAGAUGAAGACAAUGACACAAUCCUCCACAUCUACGCAGCAAAAGGUAUGCGGGAGCACGCCUAUGCGGCCGCUGAACGAAUGCGUGAGCUCAGAAGACUUGAUACAAAAGAACACAGAGGAAAGACACCCCUAUUGGUUGCUGUGGUAGCUAAUCAACCUCUGAUUGUACGAGAUCUGAUUAUGCUCGGUGCUGAUCUGAAUGCUGUUGAUGACAAAGGGUUAACUUUUCUCCACCUGGCUGCUACUUAUGGCCAUCUGAGCAUCAUUCAGAUGGUCAUAGCAGCAGGAACAUUGGUGGAUUUGGAGGCACGAGACUUUGAAGGGCUCACUCCUUUGCAUUGUGCAGUCAUUUCUCAUAACUCCGUUUUUCGGGAACUCUUUUAUGAUCAUGAUCUGACGCCACAGAGACAGAACGAGUUACAGUAUAAAGCCGAUCAACUUCAAUCCUGUAUCCGUUUACUGAUAGAAAUGGGAGCCUUAAUAACCAGCCAGGAUGUGAAGAGCAAUAAAACAGUGGUGCACUUCGCUGUUCAGGAGGGAAACCUUUUGCUGCUGGACUACUUCCUGAAACUCAGUGGUGUCAGGUCACCUGAAUUUGUCAACAUGAAGGCUCAUGGUAACACAGCUUUGCACAUGGCUGCUGGUCUUCACAAUGAGAGAAAUCAGGACAAAAUAAUUAAACUGCUCCUAUACCAUGGGGCAGACCCCAGCAUUCGGAACCUGGAGAAUGACCAACCCAUUCAUCUGGUGCAGCCAGGGGAGCAGGGAGAUCAGAUCAGGCAUCUCUUGAAGAAAGGACGAGUUGGCUCAGGGUCAAACCAACGAAAUGCUACGUCCUAG